AUGGUAUUCCGCCGAAAUUCUCUGUUAUUCCUAAUUUUUUCACUCAUCUUCGUAUCAACAAGUGCCCAGAAUUCAUCAAGUUUCACUCAACAUGGAUCACCGCUAUUCGACCCGAUGCCGAUCCGCUUGUCUCCAAGCGUUUGCACCUCGGAGACUCAGACGGUAAUCAUCGUGCACUCAUCAGUGGCGAAUUUCGAGCGCCGAGAGGUCAUUAGGAAGACGUAUGGAGAGGAGAAAUAUCGGAAAAAGUACGGCUACGAGGUGAUCUUUGUGACCGGUCGGAAAGCGGAGAAUGUCCUCUUUGACAAAUGGAUCCACGAGGAAUCCAAUCAACACGAGGACAUUUUACAAGGAGACUUUAUCGAUAGUUACGAGAAUAUCACGAUCAAGGGUCUCCUUUGGCUUCGUUACGUUUCUGUCAGCUGUCCUUGGUCGAGUUUUGUCCUUCAUCUCGACGAUGACAUCAUCUUCGACGUCAACCAGAUAUUCAUGCAAUUAAUCGACUUCAAAUUGGACGACAAUUCGGUGAUUUGCUUGACAACAACCUAUCAAUCCGGGGAAAUCGUCAGGGAUCCAAAAGCGAGAUGGUUUGUCUCCUAUACGGCCUUCUCCGAGGACACCUAUCCGGCCUAUUGUGCUGGAGCGGCAUACCUUCUUCUCGCCGAGCGACUCCCAGGGAUCAUUCGUGAGAUCACCAAAUACGAGUACAUUCCGAUCGAUGACGUUGUGAUCACGGGAAUCGCGCGUAAACGCCUUGAUCUCAACAUCCAUCAGGUCUAUCCUGAAGCCAUUCUGCGCAAAGACGAAGACACCGUCACCGAGUAUUUUCUGAAUGGCUGGGCGGUGGUGGGCGAGUGUUUGACGAUCCAGUGUAUGACGCAUAUUUGGCGUUUGAUCACAUCCAAUAUGACGAAACGGGGGAGAAUCUCGCGGUGGCCGGUCAACGAGAACGGCUACAAUCUCUUCGUGAUUUCAUCAAUUUUACUCGCCACGGAGGGCAUUUCGGCAAAAGAAAAUUCCCGCACUUCAACUACUCCCGAGAAGCCACCACCACCAAAACCCGCGAGGAAAAGAUCGAGGAAGAAGCUCUACUUAGUGGUUCCCAUUGAAUUGCUUCUCAGUCAAGGACACGAGCCUAUGUACGAUCCAUGUGGUGCCGCUCUUCCCGAAUACCAGCGAAUCUACAGAAAACUACAUAGCGGGCGAAAUUUUAAGAAACUCGUUGCCGAAUCGACGCGA